AUGAAUAAGUUCCUUCAAACAACCAGCCAGCUCCUCAGGCCGAGAUUCAGCAUCCGUAAGUACUUUUUGUCCGACUUUUUCUUGGUUUAGAUCGUGGACUUCAUGGCUAACAUAAAAUCGGGGAAUCCUCUGUAAAUUCCGUUGAUUUUAGCUUCCAUUUCCAUUCGAGGACAAGCUGUUGGCAAGAAGAUCGUUGCCGCGAAGGAGGACAAAAGUUUUGUAGAUACUGAUGCCGAGAAAUUGGCAAAACACGUCUGUAUCAACUAUCUAGUGGAAGGUAAGUCAAAAUGUUAGGAAACGGCUAACCAGAGGAAGCAAAAGAAAUCGUAGAGAAGGAAGAAUGUAGGGGGAAUAAACUGAACGCUAAACGGGGUCAACAAACAUAAAAAGGAAGGAAGUUCUGAGGGCAUCUGUUCUUGGACCAUGGUUUAUAUAAGACUCUUCCGGAAUGCGCAAAGCAAGAUUUCGCAAUAAUCCGGCAAUGUCUCCACAUGGUCAACACAUUGUUUGACGCUAGUUUAUGUUCUAGUUUGAGGGAUUUCGAAAGUUUCCAGCUGUUUUCGCUUUGUUCGAGGAGAUUUUGAAAUAUUUUUGAAAUCUUCUUAUCAGAUACUGUAAUUCCUCGCUUUGUUUAUGAUAUUAAUCACACUUUUGCAGGCGAAGAACCAGGACCAAAAAUUCUUCCUGACUCGGAGUAUCCAGAAUGGCUGUUCAAAUUGAAUUUGGCUGAUCCCCUACCUCUGGAAGAAAUGAACCCCGAAGAACACGGAUGGCUGUAUUGGAGGGCCUUGCAAAACCGACGAAACGAACAGGCUAGACGGAUCAAGCAACUCAAAUUGGCAAAGAUCCAUCUGCAAAAUCUUCCCAAUAUUCGGCGGCCAAAAACUUAUCAUCGAUAA